CCGCAGCGCGAAUGGCGCCGCUGCUCGGGGCCGCGGCUCCUCCCGCGCCGCUGUCCCGGUGCCGCCGCGUGCUGCUGGUCUAUGAGGGGCAGUCGGACCGCGCUCCCGGGAGGGAUCGCCCGUCCGCGGAGAGCCCCAACCCCGCAUCCCGCGCUGGUGCCGCGGAGCGGCUCCUGGACUACAGCUCCCGGUUCGCCUUGCGCUGCCGCCGCCGCUUCCUGGGCGGGGCGCUGCGCCCCGCGCGCUCUCAUUGGGCGCUGCGCAUAGCGAUGAGCGCACGGACCAAUGGCAGCCGCGCUCCGCCGGGCGCUGCCCAAUGAGGGGCGGCGGGGGGCGGGCCAUAGCGCGGCGGCAGCGGCCGGGCCCCGCGCGCUCCAUGGCGGCCGCUGCCGGCCCCGACGAGGCGGACGAGGCGGUGCGGGGAACCUGCGAGGACGCGUCUGUCUGCAAACGGUUUGCUGUCAGUGUUGGCUACUGGAAGGACCCUUACAUCCAAUAUUUUGUGAGACAAGCCAAAGAAAGGAAAGCACCUGAGAUCAACAGAGGUUAUUAUGCUCGUGUGCACGGGGUCAGUUACCUGAUCAAGGCUUUCCUGGAGAAGACAGAGUGCAACUGUCAGAUUGUUAAUCUUGGGGCUGGCAUGGACACCCUGUUCUGGAGACUGAAGGAUGAAAAUCUUCUCCCUAAAAAAUAUUUUGAAGUGGAUUUUCCAAUGAUUGUUGCAAGAAAAAUCCAUAAUAUCAAAUCAAAACCUCCCCUGUCAAAACCAAUUAUGGAAUCCCAUUCAGGGGACUCUCUUCUAAUAGAUUCCCACAGCCUGGACUCCAGUCGGUAUUCCAUAGUAGGAGCAGAUCUCCGCUGCUCAGCAGACCUGGAGGAAAAGCUAAAGAAACAUGGCCUGGAUGUACAUUUGCCAACGCUGCUGGUGGCCGAGUGUGUGCUGGUUUACAUGACCCCCCAGCAGUCUGCAAACCUGCUCAGGUGGGCAGCAAGCACCUUCCCUGUGGCCAUGGUUAUCAAUUAUGAGCAGGUGAACAUGGGGGAUCGCUUCGGGCAGAUCAUGAUCGAGAACCUGCAGCGCCGGCAGUGCAACCUGGCUGGGGUGGAGCUCUGCAGCUCCCUGGACUCCCAGAGGGAGCGACUGCUGGCGAAUGGCUGGGAGGACGCCCGUGCCAUCGAUAUGAUGAAGGUGUACAGCUUCCUGCCACAGGCUGAUGUCAGAAGAAUAGAAGCCCUUGAAUUCCUGGAUGAAAAGGAACUGUUUGAACAACUGAUGCAGCACUACUGCAUCUGCUGGGCUUCCAAGGACAGCAGCAACCUGGGUCUGGCAAACAUUGACUUCUGAGUGCUGCAGGGAGGGGAGCCCUGGGAGCCCUGUGACUGCCUUGGCUCAGGCAGGACGUGGAAGGGAUGGGAUUUGCAGGAGGCAGCCCUGGGCUGUGGCUGGGACAGCUCCUGCUGCUGCUGCUGGCACAGGCCUGGUGCCUUUGGGUGCUUCCAAGGAAUAUUUUUUGUCAGCAGGACUUGCACAAGGUGUCAGUAACUCCUGUUUCAAGCUUGCCUUCCUUAGUUUCAAACUGACAGUGAAGUGUUCUUGGAUUCUUUGGUUUCCCUGUCUGUGUUUUUGUGGAUGUGUAACAGUGUUUGUGACACAGCCUGGGGAGCUGCAGCACUGGCUGAGCAGGGAGGGAAUUCUGUGCAUUUUUGUUCUGUUCAGGUCUCAUUUGGAUGAAGUGUCACUGUGUUGGCCUCUCCAGGCUUCAGUGCCAUGCAAGGUUGUCACUGCUGGGUGCUCUUGGAGGGGAAGGGGAAGGGGAAGGAGAGCCCUGACUGUGUUCACUGAGGUACAAGGAACUGGAAAAUAAACUCAAUUUAACUGGGAAGGGCUUAGCUUGUGGUUUCAGCACUGGGAUGCUGAAGAAAGAAAUUAAUCUCAAUUUGCACUGCUUUUGGUAGUAUCUUUACACCAGUUCCUCCUUCUCUCUUUCCCCUUAAAAGAAGCAAAACAAAACCCCAACAGCAAUGAAAGCCCUUGUCCUGUUGUUUGAAAUUGAAUCUUGCAACCUUCCUAUGAGAAAAAUAAUAAAUGUUUAGUAUUUAUAA